UAUUCCAUUUUGAGUAUUGCUUGCGUUUGCCAACACUACAUUGUAUAUACAUACAGACAUAUGUAAGAAUUUAAGUGUUGUCACCGACUGAUUUUUGGCAAUUUUUCAGAUGAUAGCAAUGGAUGAGCAGCGCAGCGAUAAGAUCUAUGGCGGUUGUGAGGGGCCAGACGCCAUGUACGUCAAACUAAUUUCAUCCGACGGCCACGAAUUUAUUGUAAAACGCGAACAUGCUCUCACCUCUGGCACAAUAAAGGCAAUGCUCUCUGGUCCAGGACAAUUUGCUGAAAACGAGGCUAAUGAAGUGCACUUUCGGGAAAUUCCAUCUCACGUUUUACAAAAGGUGUGCAUGUAUUUUACAUAUAAAGUUCGCUACACCAAUAGUUCAACUGAAAUACCAGAAUUUCCGAUUGCACCAGAGAUUGCCUUAGAACUAUUAAUGGCAGCUAAUUUUCUAGAUUGCUAAGAUAUUGGUUAACUUGAUAAUGUUAAAUAAAAUUAUACAAAAUGAAUAAAUAAAAUAUAAUUCUCCUGUG